AUGGCGGGAGGGAGCCCACCCCCGGGUUCCGAGACCUCUAGGGCUUGCGGCGGGGCCCCGAGGAGUCGACCUGGCCCUCAGAGCUCCCACUUCGGCCCACUCCUGAGCCGAGAGGGCUGUGGCCCAACUGCAGUGGCUGCCACUACCGGCCCACUUCUGCCCAAGCUCUCCCCGCCCGGAAACCUCAGGUUCCUCAACGCCCAGCUGUUCACAAGACUUCCUGUUUGGGCCUUCCGGAGCCCAGAAGAUGCACCCGGCUUAGGUGCUGUGUUAGCUUGGGAACGGAGAACCACAGACCAGCUGUCCUACACAAAGAAAUUCUUUCUCACACUUGAAGCUGAAGUCCAAGGUCAGGUGGCAGCAUGCAGAAGAAACUUGCUGUGGUUGUGGAGCCAGGAGACCUGUCCCCAUACCCCGCUCCCCAGCCGUGUGGCCUCAGGCACUACACCUCACCUCCCUGGGCUUCGUUGCUCUGUACAUGCAGACGAUGGUGGCUUCGAGAGUGGCGUGUACAACAACAGCGCCAUCGCCACCCCCCACCUGGAUGCCCUGGCACGCCGCAGCCUCACCUUCCGCAAUGCCUUCACCUCCGUCAGCAGCUGCUCCCCCAGCCGCGCCAGCCUCCUCACCGGCCUGCCCCAGCACCAGAACGGCAUGUAUGGGCUGCACCAGGACGUGCACCACUUCAACUCCUUUGACAAGGUACAGAGCCUGCCGCUGCUGCUCGGCCUGGCCGGUGUGCGCACAGGCAUCAUCGGGAAGAAACACGUGGGGCCAGAGGCCGUGUACCCAUUCGACUUCGCCUACACGGAGGAGAACGGCUCCGUGCUCCAGGUGGGGAGGAACAUCACGAGAAUUAAGCUGCUCGUCCGGAAAUUCCUGCAGACUCAGGAUAACAGGCCCUUCUUCCUGUAUGUGGCCUUUCAUGACCCGCACCGCUGUGGGCACUCUCAGCCCCAGUACGGAGCCUUCUGUGAGAAGUUUGGUAACGGGGAGAGCGGCAUGGGGCAUAUACCGGAUUGGACACCCCAGACCUACGACCCUCAGGAUGUGGUGGUGCCCUACUUUGUCCCCGACACCCCAGCAGCCCGAGCUGACCUGGCUGCUCAGUACACCACCAUCGGCCGGAUGGACCAAGGGAUUGGACUUGUGCUGCAGGAGCUGCGUGGCGCCGGCGUCCUGAAUGACACACUGGUCAUCUUCACAUCGGACAACGGGAUCCCCUUCCCCAGCGGCAGGACCAACCUGUACCGGCCGGGGACCGCGGAGCCCUUGCUGGUGUCAUCCCCGGAGCACCUGAAGCGCUGGGGCCAGGUCAGCGAGGCCUACGUGAGCCUCCUAGACCUCACACCUACCAUCUUGGAUUGGUUCACCAUCCCUUACCCCAAGUAUGCCAUCUUUGGUUCAAAGACUGUCCGGCUCACAGGCCGGUCACUCCUGCCAGCACUAGAGACAGAGCCCCCUUGGGCUACCAUCUUCGGCAGCCAGAGCCACCAUGAGGUCACCAUGUCCUACCCCAUGCGCGCCGUGUACCACCAGAACUUCCGCCUUGUGCAUAACCUCAGCUUCAGGAUGCCGUUUCCUGUGGACCAGGACUUCUACGUCUCGCCCACCUUUCAGGACCUCCUGAACCGCACCUUGGCUGGCCAGCCUACCGGCUGGUACAAAGACCUACACCACUACUACUACCGGGAGCGCUGGGAGCUCUACGAUGACAGCCGUGACCCCCAGGAGACCCACAACCUGGCCGCUGACCCCCACUUUGCAGAGGUGCUGGAGAUGCUAAAGACCCGCCUGGCCAAAUGGCAGUGGGAGACCCAUGACCCCUGGGUGUGUGCCCCCGACGGCGUCCUGGAAGAAAAGCUCUCUCCACAGUGCCGGCCACUGCACAACGAGCUGUGAUGGUCCCUGGGGCACCUGCCCAGCCCUUCUGCUCCUCCGUGCUCCUGUCUGAAGUGGCUCCUUGACGUACGGGGUGUCCUUCCUGCCUCUCCUAAAGGAGAAACCCACACGUGGUCCCCAGGCCCUCUCCAGCUAGUGCCAUCUCAGGGGACAGUGCUGGCCUCGCGUCUGAGCUGUAUGCUGAGACAGAAGUUCGGGAGGGGCCAGGGUGAGAUCUUCCAGCCCCUGCUUUCAGAGAGGUGAUCUGCAGAUGGAGGGGCAGGGAUGGGGGUUUGAGAUGCUCUUAAGUCUAGAACUGGCAGGUGUUUCUGAGCCCUUCACCCAGAGGAGGCUGAGCCUUCUUGUGCUGUGUGGCCUUUAGCCACCUGGUCCGUGCAGGUUCAGACCCAGCCGCAUUGCCUGCCCUCAUCAGCCCUACCCAGGAGGUAUGCCCAGCAGGGUUCUCACCAGUUCUCAGCAGUACGAGUUUGCACCCGUGUUCAUCCGCACUCAUCCUUUCUAAGAGUAACUGAGGGUGAAGGUGGGAGCAUGCUCCUCCUGCGGCUGGGGUUCCUUGUGCAACACCAGUGUCUGACUCCAUACCUUGCCCUGCCUCCACUGCCAUGGGAGCAGAAGCUCGGCCUGGAGAAACCCAGGCAGCAGGCUCUCUUCCUUUAGUUUGGGCUCCGUCUCCUUUUCUCUCCCACCAACUCCAAACUGGGGCUGGACAGGAGGCCACGG